CCUGCCUCAAACGGCGCGAAGAAGACGCAGAAACAAGAAGCAAAAACAAACCACAGGAAAACACAAACAGAGCCGCAGCUAGCUAGUGCAAGUUUUGGGGAACAAAGGCAGAGAUUGUGGAGAAGAGAACGUGGGACACUGAUCAACUUCUACCGAUUAUACACGAUGACAUGUCAAACACCUAAGUGAGACAAGUGGAAAAACCUUAAAUCAUCUCCACGGCGCCGACAUUAGCAGGAUACUAAGCGCAAGGAUGGUGCAACUGAAUGUCGCCGUACUGGUUUUCUGCAGCGUCCUGGUGCCGUCACCCGCACUUGCCUACAUUUAUGCACAUUAUGACAAUAUGACCUCCAUGUUGUUUGAGGACCUUCCUGCCUUGUUUGGAUCUCCACUUCCUAAGGAUGGGUUAAUGGGAAUUAUGGUGGAUUCCCGUCCACUUAAUGGCUGCACAGCAAUAGACCCUCCACCUCCAUUGCCACCAUCAUUUGAUGCCAAUACCACCAAAAUCAUUGUUCUCAUCAGACGCUAUGAUUGCAACUUUGACAUAAAGGUCUUGCACGCACAGCAAGCUGGAUACAAUGCUGCAAUCAUUCACAACAUGUAUUCUGACACUCUGCUCAAUAUGAACUACAGCAAUGAAACUAUUGCAGAGGAGAUUGAGAUCCCAUCAGUCUUCACCAGCUACUAUGCUUCCCAAAUUCUCAGAAAUUUUAUAAUUCCAGAACAAGGGGCCUAUGUGAUCCUCAAACCAGAGUUUUCUUUUCCAUUGUCGUACUACCUUAUUCCCUUCACUGGAGUAGUUGGCAUGAUCAUUCUUGUGAUGUGUGUUGUCUUAAUUGUACGAUGUGUGCGCUACAGAAAAAGGCUAAGGAAAAACCGUUUGUCCAAGGAACAGCUGAAGCGGAUUCCAACCCACAGGUUCAGGAAAGGGGAUGACUAUGAUCUUUGUGCAAUAUGUUUGGAUGAGUAUGAAGAAGGAGACAAGCUGCGAGUUUUACCCUGUUCCCAUGCCUAUCACUGCCAGUGUGUCGACCCGUGGCUCACACAGUCCAAGAAGACGUGUCCCGUGUGCAAACAGCGCGUCACUCGAAACAACACAGAGCACUCCGAGUCGGAGUCUGAGGAAGACACUGGAGGACGUGGGGUGGAGGAAGGGACAGAGGGCGAGGCAGACUCGGAGCGUACUCCUCUGCUCCGGCCCUCCAACCCAUGUUCCCCCUCUGGGAGCCCAGGAGCAUAUUCAGCCACCACCACCACUACCACGGCCCAAUGCAUCGCCUCCCCUGCUCACUGCGACUUUCCCAUCCUGGGUUAUGAAGGCUACCGGUCCCCUGACGAGGACACAGACUCAGAAAGCGAUGACGCAGGAGAGGACAGGCAUCACACUGAUGAUGACACUGCUCAGCUCAUUGAUAGAGAUACAGUGGAGGUCUGAUGGCUGGAACUUAGCUGCAAUGAGAUUACUUAGUUUGAUCUGAAAAAGGGUUUCUGUCAUCAAACGUGGUUUUAUCACUGUAUAAUUAAAAAUAGCUUGCGUAUUCAUAACAGGAACGUUCACUCAUUAAACACAGGAGGUCUGUUUGUUAGAGUCAAAGUACAUGCAGCAGCUGAACUGAUCAGAACAGCUCACUUCUCUACACUCUUUCCCUCUGGCACUUCCCUAUUAGCUAGCAGACCUCCCUUUUUUUAUUGCAUGCUGUAAUUCAUAACUUGACCACAGCAGAUGACCUAACCAUUAGUGCUGCACAAAAUGAACGGGCCACUUUCAGUAAACGUCCACUCCAGUAAAGGCUCAUGUAGACAAAGCCUUUGUAACCAAAUGGGAGGAAUUCUGUGCUCACACUUUAUGUGGAUCUUCUAGGUUCUCUGUGUAAGUUAUGUCAUUUUAAAGACUCUUUUCUGAAUGUUAACCUUUUUAUAUAUAUAUAUAUAUAUAUAUUGACAGUCCUUAUACACUUUAGGACGUGAAAGUGGAGGAGGAAAUGUUUUUCUUUAUUUUAUCUUUUAAUCGCUUUUAGCUUUGUUUUACAUGUCUUGACGCUAUAUUUCAAUUUUUUUGAAAUGUCAGAUUUUUCUCAAAUUCCCCAUGCAAUUACGCCAGAUUAGAUAAUUGCAAAGAUGUUAUACAUUUCUGCCGCUUUUACGUUAUUAUCAAUACUAUGGCGAAGUCUGUUAAAAUUUGUUCUAUUUUAGCUUUAUCCAGUUUGUCAAGUUGAAUAAACUCAGGUUUAUAGCAACAGACAAAAGUUCAGUGGGUGUUGUAAAUAUAUAACAUAGUGAGAAUUAAUGGGUUUUAAGAUUUUUCUGGUAAAAUACAGAUUCAUGUAUAUUUAAUGAACAUGUUUCCGUUUUUAUACGCAAUAGAAUGAUAACAUGUUAAUAACGGUGAGACCCUGAAAAAAAGAGCAUUGCCUUAUAUUGGCCUUGAUGUACAUGUGUGUAAGUAAAUGUUUGGAAAUUGAAGGGACAGGAAUUACACUCCUUUGCUUUCCAUGAGAAAACCUGUGUUUCCACAUGUUUAGUGCGAGUAAUGCCGUAGAUAAGCAGCAUCAACUGGCACCUGAAAGCUCCAUGGCUUUCUCUCUCUUCUUUAUGAAGGACCUGGUUUGUGUCGAUGCUGUUGAUUCAUUUAAAGACCAGAAAAAAUGGUAAACUUGCAAAGUGAAUUCAGCCAAACUCUGUCACUUCUCCAAGUAAAUGUAUAACUGCAUCUGCAAUUAUUAUUUUGAACGUUAGACUAUAAAGCUCUUCCUUAUUGCUGAGAUCAUUUGAGCAGUGUUUCCUCUGUAUUCAGUUAAUGAUGCACCAAGAGUCCGAGAGAAAAAUCACAGUCGGAAGUGUAAUUUUAUGUCACUCCGAUCAAUAACUGAGUGCUCCAAGCUUUUUAAGAAUGCUAUUAUCGAUUGGAAUAACAUGCCAUACUGUAUCACCUCAAAUUGAACUUGGACUUAUUCCCGGAAAGGAAAAAAAACAUUGUACGGUUCAUAUGAUGAUAAAUCUUUAAUAAGUUGCAUUUUAAUGUGUGAGAGCUAGAGCAGGGAAUCAGUAGGACUGUAAAAUAUCCAUCAUGUAUUUCACUGCUGAUUGAUUAAAAGACUCCACGCUAUCAUGGAUUUGUUUCGAUUUGUUAGCAAUAGUCUGUAUUGUUAAGUAGAACUGCCGUUCUCCUAUAUUUGUAGUCUGCUUACACUCAUUCAUACUGUACAUUUCUUUGCUUUUCUCAACUUUGGGGACUGUUAACUGAAGCAAAUGGAAAAAUGUAAUAACUAAACUCAUCUCUUAGAAUGUGCCUAGUUUAUCAAACUUCAACAAUAAAUGUUCGGUGUCACAAUGUGGAACGUAGGCUGCGUUUACUUUGUGGUGCCAUCUGUUUGUCUUGUCGAGAAAUUGUAAAUAACACUGGCCUUGUUAAGGCCUAUUGACACAUGAUUCUUCGUAAUAAAUCUAUUACACAACAAA